AUGAAGACAUUCGCAGCUCUCGGCCUCCUCUUGCUCUCAGGCUCUAGAGCCGCAACCAUCAACCCACGGGAGUACCGACCCAACGAGCACCUGAUGCUCGUGGACUGCGGCAUUGGAGUCCUCCCUAAUGGUGCCUCAACUUCGCGAGAAAUGGCAUACUAUUCUGGAUCGUACAACCCAGGCGGCGGCAACACCAAGUGGGUUCAACCCGACAUGAUUGCGAAUGUGCCUUGGGACGGCUCAUACCCAUGGAGACGAAGUGGUGUUGCCACCAAGUUUCCCAACGGCGACACUUUCCAAGUUUGGAUCAACCCGGAUAUCAAAGACUGGGCCGAAUCCAAAAGCUACGCAGGCGACGCCAAACACACGUACGGAAACGACUUCAAGUGCUGGGCUGAGCAUGGCAAGCCGGCAUUCCAGCUGGCGGACGGAAAGACUUGUACCAGCGCCUACAUUUGCUUCCACCCAGAUACGCCAUCGCCACCCCCUCCGAUAAAUUGGAAAGCGAAGACCGACUAUGCCAUGUCCAAGAAAGACAUCAACGUGCGCAUUCAGGGCACCAACGCUGAGAUCGAAGCUUGGAAACCUCAAAAUGUAUUCCGCCACAUCUACGAGGAUGAUGAGGGCAUUCAGUGCAAAGGGGCGUCUUACGGCAUUGGCAGCGAUUGUAGUAUCAGGUUCGACGACUGCUUCUUCUCGGCGCGCGACAACGUCGAUGGCAUGAAACGAACCCUGAUCGACGCCGUGGGACCCGCCGUUGAGGCGACAAGAGUGACGAAGAAGGGCCACUACAACGGGAAGUGCCCGCCUGGUGGUGGUCCUUGUGAGCCCGGUUACGACUUCGAGUACGGCCAGUACACGUACCCACAGACUGGUUCGGUCUUGGUGAGUGUCUAUCCUGAGGGCAAAGAGGACAAAGCGGCUACCCAGGCGAGGAUCCAUUGGACUAUUUCGUGUGCGAAUCAAGGGUUCUGUGGGUCGUUCUGUGACAAAAAUCUCCAAGCUAUUGUUGCUGUUGCAGGUUCAUUUGCAGGCGUCCCUGAGGUCGGGAGUUUUAUCUGUGCAUUUUGUUGA